AUGGCCAAAUUUAUAGGCAGUCUGUAUGGCAUCUAUCUUUUGAAGGAAAAGUGUUUCCGUUGUGUUGUGAUAUAUGAGAAGCAUACAAAUGUCCUUCAGUACAGAGAAACUUAUUGCGAUGGUUACAAAUCCCUCCGACAAGCUUGUGCCACGAUAAGUUCUGAUGCACCUUUGUAUUCUCUUUUUAGAGUGGACGCCAAGCCUGUGUCUUGCCAGCUACGAGGUCCAUUCACCUUCACUUAUAGUAGAGGUCAUGGGGAAUGCAAUUAUCCGCUUUCGAAUAUCGACACGUGCACAGACGAUUCUAGACUCCUUUUUAGGUUUCAAGCGUGUGCUGAUGUUCAAGGAUCGGAGAGUUCAGUGGAAGAACUCAGCUGUCUGGCUAUUUGGAAAGAAGGUUCUGCCCAUUAUUUAGUUGGGAAGAUGGCUAAUGAGAAACAUUACAAUCUUCCUUUUACAGAUGACAAUGCAUACCGUUGCUUUUUGUUUGAUUAUCUACCAGAGAAAGAAGGAAUCCAGAUGUCUCAGUCAGCAGAUGCCACAUGCGAUGGGCUCGUAUCGCCAUGGGAAGGAUCUAGAACAAUGAAACUGAUAAAAAGUAAACACCCUUCUCCAAACUGCCCUUUUCCUUCGUGGGUCACUGCAUCUCAUAGAUGGCACACGCUGGACGGGAAGAAGAUAUAUACAUUCAGUCUAAAGAAUACGACUUUUAAACUGUCUCACUCGCAUGACCACGCUGAUACAAAGUUCUUCUGCAUUGAGGAAAUUUCUUCGUCAGCCAAUACAAGCACUUUUGUGGCCUACAGUAUGUCAGGAUGCAAAAAUGGAUACAUCUGCAUAAAGUUCUACCGCAGACACAAGCAUAUCAUCGAAAUCCAAUUCGGUGACUUAGCAAGAAGUUCACAAGAAGCGUGUCAUUCCGCUUUUUCUGAUAUUUAUAGCAACCAGGAAUUUGUAACACUUGUAGCACCUUCCGCAUCUACUUCCGGCUGUCCACAGCUCGUAGAAACGAAUGGUUUGAGAAUCCAGAUGGGGAAGUCAGCAGCUUCCUCCUUCCGACCGGAACUGUGUCGCGACUCUGCGGCCCGGGUUGUGGGAUGUCGGUCCAAUGACGCUAUAGUAUUUUCAACCAGCUGCACUUCGUUCACAGAUGUUAAAAGUUUCCAUUGUCACGGUGACUGGGAAGAAAAUGGAAGAAGUUACCUAGUAACUGGAUUAAGGAAUACCAAAAAUAAGUACUGCUUCGUAUACUGGAGCAAUGACAAAGUAACUCACCUAACUGGGAUCCAUGAUACCUGCCGCAGAACUAUAGAGCCAGGCGUCACAGGCAACUUUUCUUUCAACAUUUCCUCAGCAGGUUUGUGCGACAACCUUCUGAAUAGCAGUUACCUCGACAAAGCUCCGGGUGUUUUCAUCUCUUUCGCCAAUCUAUCUGUCCUGAUUAUUAUAUCUUGCCUUCUUCUGCGGUGACAAUUACUGUAAACAGCAAACACGAAAAUAAUUUACCAAGAGGAAAGGACAGACAGACAGACAAUAGAGGUGGUUUUUUGCACAAGCACCUCUCAGUGCCUAUCCAUGUGCUGAAGGUUAUUGGUUUGAUUACCGCUAAACAAGACCAAAUAUGAAAUUUCAACAAACAUUGAAAUGGAAGUGUAAUGCGUGCACAAUGCGAAGACUAAGGUUGAUUUUAUAAAUCAAUCUAUUCUGUUUCAUAAUCGAUUCCGGUAUUUUGAAAACGAUAUCAUGCAGUUUUCCAUGAGACUGACUAGUAAAAACAAGCCUAUCAGCAUCCUUUCUUUCUUCGAAGCUGCUGUGCUGCAGAAAUGUUGCACAUCAUUAUAUCCCUUAAUGCACAAUGAAAAGCCGAGGAAACCAAAUCCUUAAAAAGUAGGGCAAACUCAAGGGCUAUUCAGUGAUAUCGAUGUGAAAUGUGUACAAAAGAUGUUUCACAUAACUUUUACUGCGUUUUUGAAAUUGCUUAUAUAGGUUGAUUUUGAAUUUUUAAAGAUUCUGAGAAAUAGGAGAUUUAUUUUUGUAGUGUACAGAUCUAUUUAUUAAUUUGUUUAUUUUAAACCUGUAUUCGCACAAAAUCACAUAAAACAGUCUGAAGGGUCAUAAAGGAAUGAUACAAAAAACACAAAUUAAAACUUUUAUACCAUUUUAAGAAACUAAAAUCGAUUAUAAACUAUUAAAAUUAUUAUAAAAUAAUUUAGGUUCAUUAAAAUUCAUAUUAUUUAUAGAUUGUUAUGUUAAUGCAAAAUCACAUCUAUGUACAAAUGUGCUCAUUCAUAAAUAUAAAUUUUUAGAAUUUAGUUCCAGAUAAAUAACAGAUUUUGUUGCCAGUUUCGUUAGAAAAACAUUGAAUAAAUAAAACAACAUUAGGAAAAUGCCUUUUCUAAAAGAGGAAGAAAUAUAAAUAUAUAUGAAUGUAUCCAUAAAUAGAUAAAAUAUUAUUUAAUAACAUAAUAUCUCUUCCAAAGUAGAUUUCAUUUAAUUACUCUACUCUCGUCUAGAAAUAUUUUUACUGUAAAAUGCAAUUACUGAAAUUUCUCUAGUAUAAAAAAUAUAACGGUAAUGAAAUAUAAAUCUCAUUACCGUUACUUUCUUUGAAUUCUGAUAAUUACCUUCCAACAAAUAACAGCCAUUUCGUAACGGCGAGCUAAGGAACACGGAAAAAAAUAUUCUAAGAUAAAGUUGAGUAUCGCAGAUUUUAAUCCAAAAUGAUCGGAUAGUGUAAUCACGUUGUUCAAAUAAACUUUGAAUUUUGCUUUAAAAUACAGUUCAGUUUAGAAAUGUUACUCAUUUUUUCACAUAUUGUAUAAUGUCCUUUGUUAAACGCACAUUUAAGAACAGCUAAAUGUAUUUCAGAGCAUUGUUGGAUGUCCCAUUAGGAUGUUUAACAUUCAUUAUGUUUAACUCAUAGUUAAGUCAAUUACGAAAUGUACAAACAUAUUCGUUUCUGGAUCAUUAACACAAAACAGCACAUGUAAUCUUAUGAAGGAAGAAAUGCGUUUAAUUUUUCAUUCAUUCCCCAUAUAUGUUAAUGCAUUUAAAUGCAAAUUUACAAGGAUUCAAAAACAGAGCUAGUAACUAUUAUAAAUGGUUUUAAAUCGCACCAGGUUUAAAAGAAUGCUUUCUUAAAAACAACUAUCAAUGAAUUAAUACAUGUGCUUCAGCUAAAAAUUAAUCUACAUUGCGCCAUUAUGUAUGUAAGAAUAACAUUGCGGAUAUUUUUAUCCAAACGCAGUUUAAAUUUAAACAAAGAAACCCGACUCUAUAAAUACCCUUUUGCGUAAAUGCGCACUACCCUUUUCCUGCCUACCUUUGGCUCUGGUACACCAAUCACGUUCGGCACUGGUUUACAAUUUACGCCAGGAAGCGUCGUGGUUUUGGUAGGUAAAGACGAUUGGCAAAUAUAUUUGUCAAUAAGAAAGGCUCUAGUCCAGAAAUACUGAAUGCGCAUGCGCUUAUGAGGGAUGAUAACCGCGCUGGUUUACGAGGUUAGCUUACUUGAAUACUGCAAAGCCACUAGGGGUACUUGCCUAAGGUUAGGUUAGGUUAUUUAAUUACGGCAAAGCCUCGAGGGCUAUCUGCCUAAGAGGAGGGAUGCCUCUGUGGAGGACUUUCUAAUGUACUUGCCUAAGAGGAGGUGUAACAGGUAACAUUUUAUUUACGAGCUCCUGUAACUCAAUGCAACUGCUCGGCUGGAAUCUCAUCUGAGAGCCGCCAUAUUAGGCAAGGGGGGGGGGUAGUCCAGAAAAGGUCCCUUUGAAGAGGUUUCACAUAUACACUUAACGAACCCGUGGGUCCCCACUUCGGGGGCCAUACGGAUUACUUAAAUUGAUUUCUCUGGACGAGAACCACAGUGUGGCCCCGGGGCCAGAAGGAUCACGUCCUCCCAUACAAAGUUUGAUAGAACCACAACUCGAGGACCAGUCCGAGAGAACGCCACCCCUCCCGGUCGCUGCAAAGAGGAAACGUCCCUCGUCAAAGAGCCGGGUCCAAGGGGUCACCAUUCCCUGUUCUCGGAGCUACUUGUACGGCGUGACCUACUCGCUUGGAAGUUUGAAUGGUGGUCUAAAUGCUCCAGCCAGUACUGCGCGUCCGUCACACAGGCCAUUACCCAGAAAACCCGUCCUACUGAGAUACUGAUGCCGUCGUUAUUAUAUACUUACGGCAGUCUCUCGGAUCUGACCUUAAUGAACCGAGAAGUUCUAGUAUAGCCAAACUCAUGAAUUUUAUACACCCGUGGUGUUUUACUGAAUUUGAAUUUGCUAGGGAAUUAAUGAAUUUUAUUAAUAAUAAUCGUGUUAAUGUCGGAAUUUUGAUUUAACAUGUGUUUAGUGUUUUUAUGAUAGAGCAUGGUCUGUGUCUUGUGUUUUGUCCUUUCCUUUUGUUU